AAGAAUGCUAUGAUGUCACACCAGUAGUGUGCUCAAAUACAAAAGCAGCUGAGAAAAAGACACACAUACACACACGCACGCACACUGCUGCCUGUUUCACUAACACAACUCCACAGCACACUUCUCCAGCUUCUGAAUACUGGAAUCACAUGGCCAGAGUGUGGGACAGGAACGAACUCAACAGCAGGAUCUAAAAUGCCAAUCUCUGGAAGAUAGAGGAAGCUUUUGUUUGAGGAAAGGACGAUAACAAUUCCAAAAAAGGAGUUGGACUCUUCAGAGAGAUUUUUUUAACACCACAACAAUUAAAAAAAAUACUACAACACACAAACAGACUCAACAUGCUGCAGCAAAUCCUAGCUGACAUGUACAUCGACCCUGAUGUACUAGAGGCCUUGAAUGAGGAACAGAAGAAGAUCCUGUUCUUCAAAAUGAGAGAGGAACAAGUCAGGCGCUGGAAGGAGCGGGAAGAGAAGGAGGGCAAGGAAGGAAUCAAAAAAGAAAAGCGCUGGCAAAAGAAAGGCCCUUGUAAAAGUGUGAGCUGGUUGCUGGGCAGUGAUGGUGAUGUGCAUGUGUGUAUUAUCGGAGAAUCAGAUGAGCUCAGAUCUCCAAAACUCAUCCUGUCCGAGCUGAGAAACAAGACAGCGGCCAACCCUAAUACUAUCAACAGAACAAAAGCAGAACCUGUAAAGAGCAGCCUGACCAAACCCAGCAAAGCACAACAAACCAGCCCUGAACCAGGGAUCCAGCUACUGCUCAAGAAACCAGAGGAGCUGAGUGAUUCUAUGACAGUCUCAGAUGAGUCCAAGCAGGACAGCGGUUCUGAUCAGUCAGCUGACGACACCAGAGGCCAAACAGAUGACUCAGAUUCGGGCAGCGCGGAGGAGGACACGAGCCUUUACAGAUCACAUAUGAGCAACACAGAGUCAACAGUAGCAGACAGACUCAGAGAGAUUCAACUGCACAGAGCGAUGAAAGAGCAUCUGUCAAUCAACAACAAGACACACCCACUGGACACGCCCACACCAGACAAAGGAGUGAUGAAAGAUAAGGAUAGCGGUCUGACGUACGGCAGUCGUGUGGCUCAGCUCAGGAAGAACUUCAACACCAGUAAUGCUCCGUGUGUCAAACCACCGAUCCCCUGCAAGCCCGCUCACCUACUGGCCUCCCCCUCUGUCAGAUAAAAACAACACUGCCACACUGCACACCUGAAAAACAUCC